CAUCAAUAUCCAACGGCAGAAACUUCUUCCAUACGACGUCGUAUUCAGAGACUGAUGAAAACUGCUUCGUUACCACCGAUGAUCGGAGGACAUCGCUCGGCGACGUCAGCGACAAGAUAAGCGACAUACAUUCAUCAGGUUAGCACCUGAGAAUAUAAGGGAAUACUUGAUGGGUAGUCAUUCUGAUUCAACUGCUACCGAGCUCUGGAAGCUGAGAACUUCAAUGAUUAGAGUUAGACGGGUGAUCAACGAUGCAGAGGAGAAGCAGGAUACUGAUCCUGAUGUGAAGAGUUGGGUUAAUGAAGUGAAGCAUGCUGUGUAUGAUGCUGAAGAUCUCUUAGAUGAAAUUCAUACGAAAACCCUUGUGAAAAGGGUGGAAUCUGAAACUUCAUCUCAAGUUAUGAGCAGCAUUACUGCUACCUUUGGCAGAAUGGUUGCUGCGCUUGAUCCAUUUCAUCAAGGAACAAUUUCCAAAAUCCAUAUGAUCAAUAAGAGAUUUGAAGGAUUCUCUCAACUGAUAGAUGUACUUAAUCUGAAAUCUGGUUUGGAGAAGCCUCGACUUUUGUCAUCCUCACGACUCACAUCGAGUCUUGUGGAUGAAUCAAUGAUAUGUGGUAGAGAUUCAGAAAAGGAGCUAUUUAUUCAGCUUUUAAAGGAUGGUGUGCCGAAAACUGAUAAGCAUGGAAGCUUGAUCAAAGGAUCAAGGUUUCCAGAUUGUAGCAUUCGUACAUUUGCUAUCAUCGGAAUGCCUGGGAUUGGGAAGACAACACUUGCGCAAUUGAUAUUCAAUGAUCCUAGAGUGGAUGACAUUUUUCAAUUUAAAUCAUGGACUUGUGUUCCUGAGGUGUCUAAUGUUAUCAAUAUUAUGAAGUCAAUUCUUAGUACACCUUUCGACCCCAAUCAGCACUUUGAAGAUUUGGAGUCCAACCAGACCUGUCUUCGUAAAAGGGUAUGCAAGCAGAGGAUCCUGAUUGUGUUAGAUGAUGUUGGGGAUGAGAACAUGAUUAGUACUGGAUGGCACGCCUUGCUUAUCUCGCUGAAGUCUGCUGCCCCAGGCAGCACUAUAAUUGUGACAACAUCCAAUGAGGGCAUUGCUAAAAUGUUUCGUCCUUUCUAUACUCAUCUCUUGCACGAGCUUUCUCAUGAUGAUUGUUGGACCUUGUUUAAAAUGCAUGCAUUUGGUGAUCCACUUGCAGCUCCAGAUGUGAAGUUGGAAGCUACUGGUAGACAACUAGUUGCAAAGUGUGGUGGUUUGCCACUUGCUGUCAAAGCUGUCGGGUGUCUUUUGAGCUUUACUUUGGAUGCCAAGGAAUGGGAAUUCAUAGAAAGCAGCAACUUGUGGGAUUUGCCUUCUUGUAAGAAAGAAAUUCUUCCAGCAUUAUUGCUGAGUUAUAACUAUCUUCCUGCACAUCUGAAGAGGUGCUUUUCAUAUUGUUCUAUCUUUCCCAAGAAUUACCAAUUUGAAAAAGAUAAACUGGUCUUGUUGUGGAUGGCUGAAGGUUUUAUAGAGCAUGGAAGAAAUGAUAAUAGAAGAAUAGAAGAUAUUGGUAUCAUCUACUUCCGUGAUUUAGUGGCACGAUCCUUCUUUCAAGUGUCAAGCUCCAAAAAGAAUUGCUAUGUCAUGCAUGAUUUGAUUCAUGACUUGGCCUUCUAUGUUAUGGGUGAAUUUGGUGUCAUACUGGAGCCAAACGUUUCACACGUUGUCAUGGGAACUCCUCGUCAUUUAUCAUAUAAGCAGAGCAAGUAUGAAACAGUUGAAAAGUUUGGGCCUGCUGCUUGUACUGACCGUCUACGUACAUUCUUGUCAGUUGGAUGCUUCUCCAGUCAAUCUCGUUAUUACAUAUCAUACAACCUGUUGCAUUCAUUGCAGACGUUUGUUUGCCUGCGUUUGCUGAGUUUGUCCGGUUACAAAGUUACCAGCUUACCACCUUCUAUUGGCAGUCUAAAGUACUUGCGCUACUUGGAUUUCUCAUGCACCCUUGUUGAAGAACUGCCAGAGUCCAUCUGUGACUUGUUGAAUCUACAAACACUUAUCUUAUAUCAAUGCGAACAGCUGAGAAUAUUGCCAGCAAUGAUGAGAAAACUUAUUCACCUACGCCACCUUAACAUUGAUGGUACAUGCAUAGAGGAGAUGCCAGAACAUAUUGGCAGAUUAACCUGCCUUCAAACUUUAACAGAUUUUGUAGCGAGUGACAGUCAUGGAAGUAGCAUCAGAGAAUUAGGGGAACUAUCACAGCUGAGAGGAAGUCUGAGGAUAUCUGGACUUGAGAAUAUUGUUGCCGAGGCAGAUGCUUAUGCCGCUAAUUUAAUGGAUAAAGGACACCUUGAUGAGUUAGUUUUUAUGCAGCAUGACGAGUGCUCUGUUGCUGAUAGGCAGCAUGAACAACUAAUGCAUGCGUUAAAGCCUCAUACAAACUUGGUACGACUUACAAUUGAUUUUUACGAAGGGAAGAAGUUCCCAGAUUGGGUAGGUAAUGAUACAUUCUGUAACUUGGAGGUCCUACAUUUGAAACAGUGUACAAAUUGUGUUGAAUUGCCAUCCUUGGGACAGUUGCCUCUACUCAAGCACCUCUUAAUCAAGGGUUUUCAUAAAUUGGAAACUCUGGGUGCAAGAUUUUAUGGCCAGCAUAGUGCAACUUCAUCACCAUUUAAAUCAUUGCUGACUCUGAAGUUUGAAGGGUUGCAACAGUUGAAAAAGUGGUGCAUGUUUGAAGGUAAUGCUAGUCCUUUUCCUUGUUUAGUAGAGCUGUCGGUGAAAGAUUGUGGAGAGCUCGAGGGUGAUCUUCCUUUGGAGCUUCCUUCUUUAAUGUCACUGAGUAUAUGGGGAUGCCGAAAGCUCUCUGGAAUACUUUCUAAUGCACCACUUCUCCGUGAAUUAUGCCUUAUAGCAUUUGGAAGGAUAGAUGUAAUGAGUAUUGCUCGCUUUACUCAUCUUACAAACUUGUUUGUGGAGCAGGUUCAAGAUGAUUUAGUUGCUAAAGUUCAAGAAGCUAUUCGGGACUUGACAUCUUUGGGGAAUCUGUCAAUUUCGACAGAGGGGAGGGGGACAAUAGCUUUGCAGCCUUGGAAUCUUCCUGCUUCCGUCAGAUCAAUAAGAGUCUAUACAGAUGAACAAAUAAUAUUUAAUGGCGCCUCACAAUUGCAAUAUUUGUUUCUACUAUAUAUUUCUUCUCCUCUACGAUUUCCAGCAGGCUACUUCCAACUAUUACAUUUUCUGGAAAUCUCCACUUGUGAUGGUCUCACUGAGUUCCCGAUUGUUCUAGAUGGGGCUGAUACGGGUUUUACAUCUUUGCACGACCUGAGCAUUAGCAAAUGUAAUCGGCUGGUUUCCUUCCCAGCCGAAGGGUUCCUUGCUCCCUAUCUCACAACCUUAGCUAUUUAUGGAUGUAGCAGCCUUCAGUCACCACCCAACAAUAUGCCUACCAACUUUCCUUGUCUUCGGUGUCUCUCUUUCGAAAAUUGUGUACAGCUUGAGUUACUUCCAGAGGAUGAUUUUUCUCUUCCUCUGUUGUUGACAUUCCGCAUUGCAGGUUGUCACAAACUUCAAACUUUGCCUGAGGCACUGUCUAGCUGCAUGUCACUGGAGUGGCUCAACAUAGAAUCUUGUACUGCAUUGGCAUCCUUUCCUGCAAGUGGUCUACCUGCUCACCUUCAAAGAUUGCGAAUAUAUAAUUGUGAAAUUCUUACUUCUUUGCCUGAUAGACUCUGCAGCACCCUUAAGCACUUGGAUAUCUGGAAGUGCCCCAAACUCGAGUCAUUUCCUCCAAGCGGAUUGCCUCCUAGCCUAGAGUCCAUGCAAAUCUUUGGCUGCGGGCAGCUCACCCAGAAAUAUGCAGAUUGGAAACUCGGUGGACUCAGCUUUCUUAGAGAGCUAAGCAUUGGAGGACUUGUAAAUGUAGAGUCAUUUCCUGCAGAUGGUUCCAUGCCCACCAAACUCAACAUUCUUAAAUUAGAUCAAUUCUCCAGGCUCAGGUCAGUUAACUGUAAGGAGCUUCAACGCAUAAUCACCCUCCGUGAAUUUGAGAUCCAGAGGUGCCCAGCACUUGUGCUUUUCUCUGACGACUUACCUCAGUCUCUUUGUCGUCUAACCAUCCGACAGUCUCUAUCGAUGGUGAAAAGGUGCCUUGGCCCUGAUGGAUACUAUGUAGACAAGAUCUCUCAUAUAACCUGCCUUGAAUUGGAUUCGUAAUCUGCAGGAGCAGGACCUACUUUUCUUUUCACUGUAAUCCCCUUUGUUAUGUAAAUGCAUUACAUGUAGAGAGUAGUUUUUUUUUUCCUGUAAGCAGGUUAAAAGAUAUAAGCUUAAUCUUAAGGUUAUAGAAACAAAAGAUAGACCAAAGUGCACAUAAUUAUAACUUCUGUUUCUGCAAUGAUACAGAAUUUUCAUAGGAGUUUGCAUUGCAUCUCCAAUUAGGUAGUCUCAGUCUGUUAGCUUAGCAGAAAAAAGUAAACACUUUCUGUUUUAAAUUGUAGGAUUCUUACCCUGAUGUUGUGUGUGGUAGCAGGCUUUGAAAACCCACUAAUAAUCAUAUUUGAUUAUUGAGCUCAUAAGUUUUGGGAGCUUGUACUAGUACUGUCAUCUCUUUUUUGACGUGCAGUACUAUGAAUUAUGAUAUAA